AUGAAGCAAACAAAGGCAAGUUUCCCAAACUACAGGCUGGCAACAAGGCUAACAUCUCCGCAGGCUAUCAUCAUCGGCGGAGGCCCCGCGGGCCUCGCAACCGCUCUACGCUUGCAGCAGCAAGCGAGCGUGAACUGCACGAUCUAUGAGCUUCGAUCAGCACCUUCCACAUUGGGGAGCGCCAUAGGCAUCAUGCCAAAUGGUCUGCGCCUCCUUGAUCGUUUGGGAGUUUACUCAGAGCUCAAGGAGCGCGGAAGCAGCCACUCCAACAUGACCAUCCAUUCUAUAAAUGGAGGAGUUCUGGGACGAAAAGACAUGGUUGCUGCAGCAAAAGAACAGACUGGUUAUGGGUACAUGAGAAUCAAACGAACUGAUCUACUGGACACCCUGUUGAAAGCGGUUGCUGAAGCUGGUAUCGCUUUGCACUACAACAAGUCGCUCAUCUCCAUCACAGAAUCGGCUGAUUCAGUCACCGCGAGCUUCUCUGACGGGACCAGCGAUACGGCAGACCUUCUACUUGGAUGCGACGGGAUUCACUCUGCUGUACGACGCCUGCAUGUCGAUGCAGAUCAGGCACCUGUAUACACAGGGAUGUCAGGCCUUGGCGCCAUGGUCCCAGCUUCUUGUGUUUCAGAGGCAACCCAAAAAGAAAUGAGAGGCAUGAAUAUCACGAUGACUCAAGAGGGUAUGUUUGGAGUCAUGACGUGCACUGCCUCUGACGAUGAGAUUCAGUGGUUUUUGUCAAAAGAAGUACCGCUGCCGGACUCUGGGGACGCCCGCAAUGGAUGGGAGCUUCAUCGACGGGAGGAAGUGGAGGGGUUUAAGACUCAACUUCACAAAACUCUCGAAGAUGCGGGUGGAGAAUGGGGGGAUAACUUACGAGAGCUUAUUGGCACUACGACAGCUGUGAAGUUCUACCCGAUCUACAAGCUACCCACUGGAGGAAGAUGGUACAAUGGAAGAACUCUCCUUCUUGGUGAUGCCGCACAUGCUAUGCCACCUCACGCUGGCCAAGGUGUAUCGAUGGCAUUCGAAGAUGCGUUUCUCCUUGUACGACUUCUAGAGAAGCAACUGUCUCUUGUGGAUGCUUUCAAGCUGUUCAAUGAGAUCCGGAGGCCAAGAGUUGAGGAGAUUGCAAACAGAUCCUCAAGCAAUGCCAAGAUGAGAAGAAAGACAGGGCCAUGGGGCUUAUGGCUAAAGGAGACGGGACUCUGGCUGUUUAUGCAAGGUGCUUGGGCGUUUGGCAUGGAUCGAUGGGGAUCAGAGACGCAGCAGAUGGUGUAUGACAUUGACGAAGUCAGCAUUUGAGCCAGCGCGUUUCAGGAUCUUGAUUAUAUGAUAGUUGUUUGGCAGUUAUAUGUGCAUUUCUUAAAUUUCAAGGUUGUACGUGGUAAACGCGGCCAAAACGCG